UGAUGUUUAUGGGGCAGAAGGGGAAUAUCCCCGACGCAUAUGAGAGCAACAUGGUAGCGGAGGAAGCCACUGCUGAUGUGCACACACUAUCGGUUACAAUGUAGCACCGAUGUCGAAACAAAUAUUUGCCGAACGACCAAAAGUGCCAUGCGUUGCUUCUCGUUUGGUCGUAAGAGCGUAAUAAAACGAUUUGGUGAAAAAGGAGGGGACCCUCAGUCUGGACUAACAAAACGAAGGGAGUCGUCAGAAGAGCUAAGUGUGUUACAUGGAGGCACAUAAUCAACCCUCGCCUGAAGGUUUGGAAGGAGCUCGGGGUUGCUCGGCUCCCCUUUUAUCUUAAUUUUGCAUUAUAGCAACCUUUAAAUGGCUCGCAGUCAUCAGCUAAGCGAAUUCUAGGCCGGGGAAAGGGCGUGUAACGCGAGCGGAUAACGGGGCCAGUUUGUAGUUUGUCUCCUCGGAUUACCGCCCAUCUCUUUCCCAUACCAAGAAACUAAAAGUUGCGUCCAACGACUCGUAUUAAUCUAAUCUCGCCAUGGGGAAUACACCUUCCUGCUGCGUGGCGUCGAGCCCCAAACACCGGCGGAACAACCACUCCAGACUGGAGCCCUAUCGGCCAGAGCCGGAGCUUAGCCGGGAGGAUACGGGCUGCAACCUCCAGCACAUCAGCGACAGAGAAAAUUUGGACGAUCUGCCGAUGGAGUAUAAUCCCUCCGACCAUCCUCGAGCCAGCACCAUCUUCCUCAGCAAGUCCCAGACCGAUGUUGCUGUGCACAGCAAACGAGUUCGAGAAAAGAGGAAGAGCCUUUACAUCAAUCAUUUCACACACAUUUCGGAGAGCAAGCAUCAUUCAGGCCCAGUGAGAAGGAAGUACAGCUCAUGCUCUACCAUAUUCCUUGACGACAGCACUGUCAGUCAACCCAACCUCAAAUACACCAUUAAAUGUGUUGCCCUUGCGAUAUUCUAUCACAUAAGAAACAGAGAGGUCGACGGAAGAAUGUUAUUAGACAUAUUCGAUGAGAAGCUGCACCCGUUGUCGAAGUCUGAAGUUCCUCCGGACUACGAUAAGCACGACCCCGAGCAAAAGCAGAUUUAUCGCUUCGUAAGGACGCUGUUCAGCGCCGCACAGCUCACGGCCGAAUGCGCCAUCGUCACAUUGGUGUAUUUAGAGAGGCUCCUGACCUAUGCUGAGAUUGACAUUUGCCCCGCCAACUGGAAGCGCAUUGUUUUAGGAGCCAUCCUUCUGGCGUCCAAAGUUUGGGAUGACCAGGCGGUGUGGAAUGUCGACUACUGCCAAAUUCUCAAGGAUAUCACUGUGGAGGAUAUGAACGAGUUGGAGCGGCAGUUUCUGGAGCUGCUGCAAUUCAACAUCAACGUGCCGUCCAGUGUCUACGCCAAGUAUUACUUUGACCUGCGUUCCCUGGCAGAGGCCAACAACCUCAGCUUCCCUCUCGAGGCCCUCAGCAGAGACAAGGCCCAGAAACUUGAGGCUAUAUCCAGGUUGUGCGAUGACAAAUACAAGGACCUGAAGAAGCUAGCAAAGAAGCGGUCAGUGAGCGCAGACAACCUGUCGGUUACGCGGUGGUGUCCGGCCAUCAUUUCCUAACGAUGGCCGCCGGCAGCACCCGGAAAGUGGAACCUGUCAGCUGACUCCGAGGCGGGCAGCUGUCCUGUGGAUAUGUGGCUCCGUCUCCCCGACGAGACACGCAAACACAAUCUGGCACUUUUACCAAGCAAGAUUGCACCUCUCCAGUCGUUGUAAAUAACAAUGAGCGGAACCGAAGUGUGUGAGUGCAACAAAAUGAAGAAGUGCAGAAGUGAAGUUGAAACGGGACGCGGAGACCAAUGACGUCGGAAGGGAGAUCAAGUAGCAGCGUGGCUGCAUUCCUUUCAUUUUUAAACCACUUCCUCCGUUUCGCCGCUUAUUUUUAAGAGCUCCUCGACAGUUUUAAAUUCGAGCUCUCCUCCAGUUUCGCCUGUUUUGUUUGUAUCGCGUUUCUGCCCAUUCCCGUUUCAACCCUGCAUUCCAUUCUGCAUAUCAGCACCUGUUCAUGGACGUAUGUAUUUUACACGGGGUUGAUUUAGCAAGCGGCCUUCCACCUGGCAUUCCUGUUUUGUGAGCCAACAGCGUCAAUGAAAAUCAGUGUUUGACACUUUUGACAGGACUGGUGACGCUUCUUCUGAUCCGACUCGGACAUUGACUUCAAGCAAUAUUCAUGCGUCGCCUCAUUGGUGCGAUCAGGUCGAAUGAAGCGUGGUGGGGGGUUGGGGGCACGCUGUCAUCCACUUUUAAGUUCCGAGAUGUACUUCAAAAGUGACGGCGAACUUUCUUCAUCACUGCCAUUGUCCGAACCUGCGGUGCCUGUAAGAACCGACUUCCAACUCCUUACCACUGAUGAGCAGAACAAAUAACUAACAAAGAACUUUUUUAUCCCGACGCCAUUUUGUAUGGUUCCUUCCUGCUCAUGACUAAAACAGCACAAGUGAACACUCUGUAUUCAGAAGCUACUAAAAACAUGUCUCUUCAGGGUAGUUUUGUGUUCUGGAGACGAGCUGAAUGAGUAGUAUUAUUAUUCAAUGUGAUCGUUAUCUAACACUGUUCACGCACAGAUUGUAUACGUUUUGCUAAGUUGUCUUUAUAUAGUGUACAUAGCGGUGCCAGUGUGCAACAUCUGCGGUCGUACCGUUAGAAUAUUUAUAUCGGAUCCGUUUCUACUGUACACGAGGUGGGCCGCAAUGGCGACGAAUCAUUCAAAGAACCUGAGAUAAAACUAUUUCAAUGGGAGCCACCAUCAAAAAAACGUUUGUCUUGUUUCUUAUUACAGUGUUUUUUAUUCACAGAAAGUUGUCGUGGUAAUAUGUGGUACAUAGGGCAAUAAUAAUUAUCCGCACACAGUCAAUGAUUUGAUCCGAUUUUUUUUUUUUUUUUUUAAGCGUGUCUGGGACGAUUGUGUCAUAUUUUCUUGAAAUGAAGAAGCUCAUGUUAUUUGGACGGCCACACCGGCAAAUUGUUAUCUGGAAGUUGAAAAACCUUGCCGGGUGCUUCACUGCAUUGUAUUGUAAAUUGAAUUUAUAUAUAAAAUAUAUAUAUAUCGUUAUAAAAACAACAAGCUGAGAUUAA